UGUCGUGGUCAUUGUCAACAAUCGAUCAAUAUAACAUCAUCUCCACCUGAAUUAGUCGCAUCGAAACAACCAAACUUUCCUCAGGAAUCUUAUCCUCCAGUUCAACGACAAUUUCCAUUUUCAUCGACUCAAUGGGAACAACUUGUCUCUCUUCUUGACUUGGAGACAUUCACAGCGUUAGAUAAUAGAAUUGGAUGUCCUGGUUGUGCUGAUGGUGGAAUAGAAUGGAUUCAAGUCGAUUGGGCAGAUGCAACCAAACGAGUGACAUUCGAAAGUGGACAACUAUUCAAAGGACUUGAAGGAUUUGUUGUAAACUUACGACAAAUGAGAGAAGAAUAUGUUGCUCAACUUUAA